CGCUACUAUGAGCACAGACCAAUUUGCUGACUUCAUGCAGGGUUCACCGAUGGCGAAAGCGCCCACGAGCGACAAAUCGCUCUGGGUUCGACUAGUGCGAAUGGCGUACGACGGUUCUGGUGAUGGCAUGAUGAUGUUGCAGUCUACAUUCCCGACGACGCAGAUCGUGGAAUUCCGUGACGAACACCAGCGAUCAGUAACUCACUUGGCCAUCAUAGCCGGAGAUCUGGAGCUUCUGGAGUUUGUACUAGAAAGCGGAGCCACGUUGGAUGAUUCCGACGAUUGCGGAGCCUCGCCGUUGACGACAGCGUUGCUUGGACGUCAUUACCAAGCCGCGGAUAUGCUGGUUGCGUACGGGUGUGACGUCGACCACGUGAACGCAACAUUACAGACUUCGAUGUAUGUGCUGGCCUUGUUCGGAGAUUUGAGUGCAGUGCAGUGGCUGCUCGCGAGAGGAGCGGACUUGGAGACUCGGGACGCCGGUGGCAACUCUCCACUGCAUCUGGCGGCUGCGUACUGCUCACUGCCCGUUGUUGAGUUCCUGUUAGCGGCUGGAGCGGAUGUGAACGCUCAAAACGCGACAGAGGCUACGCCGCUGCAUAUUGCGGCGCCGAACGGUACCUGUGCGGUGGUCGAGGCCCUGCUCAAGUUUGGCGGCGAUUUGGAAGCCAUGGACGAAAAUGGCAACACUCCGCUGAUCAACGCGGCGUUUGUGAGUCAAAGAACGGCGCCGCAUUUCGCGUCGGGUGACCAGACGACGCAGUACGCGGUGGUGAGCUUGCUGUUGCAACACGGUGCGGACGUUAACGCUGUGAAUAACGAAGGAGACACGGCACUAUUUGGUGCAGUGCACAACGAGUACGACGCCGUGGUAAAGCUGCUACUUGCGAACGGAGCUGACGCUCGAGUGCGUAACAAUCAACAGGAGACGUUGUUGCAUGUGCUGGCCCGCGGCUACGCGUCCAAUGUAGUUAUCUGGCGAGAACUGCUGCAGCAUCAGGUCGACAUUAUGGCCCGAGAUCGACGAAACCUCACUUGUGCAAUGGUGUGGACGCGGCGUCAGGGUUUGUAUACACAAGAUGAUGACAGCACGCAGCAGCAAGGCAUUGCUUGGAUCGAAGGCUUGAUACUAAGCGAGUCUGCUGUUGGACCAGCCCAUUAAAAUUCACGACGAGCACAUACAAGCGCAUUGCUGGCACCAAAACUAUUAUACUUAAGUAUUCUAAAACCACAAGUAUUACUCUACGCGGAAACGUCUUCACGGUGCCAUACUUUGAAACGAUAGACAUUACUCCGUCUUCAUGUAAACUCCCGAGGCUAUAUGAAUAUUGACAACUGCGACGAGCACCAUAAAUAUUGCGAGAAAAGCGUCAUCUUUGUGAAACUUGUUGAAAUCAACACCAAAACGGAUCUCCAACGGAAUCGCGAUAAUAUCCACGACAACCUCGAUGCCUAUUUGCACCAUGACAGUGGAGAACUGAAUCUCAUGAGUGGAAUUGUUAGAGGCAUUACCACCGAGCGAAAACCUUGGAUUCGAACCGAAGCAAAUGAUGAUGACGUAGGCACAGCACAUCGCGAUAUACUCGCCGUGCAUGUCAGCAUAGACCUCCGCAGCGUGCAAGGCUGUUAGUUUCUGAACACGAGCGAUCCCUUGUAGCUCCGGCGACGACAAUGACGCAGUAGUAGAUAGCAAGGACUGGACUCGAAGUACUUUCACGACUCCAUCUUGAGGAUGGACACCAACUCGAGGCAGUGGAUACUUGGCCAGAACUUUGUGCGCCUGAUGCCUCAUUAAAAGCGCAGUCAGCAGUCUCAACACUGUUUUGGCAACAGCAAGCAAAACAGACCCUGCUAAAGUCACGGACUUGCUGUCCAAACACAACAACACUGUGCGUAGCUGCGUGUCAACCAGAAUCGUUGGAGCAGCCACGAUGAUGGCCAUUGUGCGUAACGAAGGUGUUUUCUUACGUUUUCCAAGAUAAAGUUUAGCAGCGGCUUGAAUCAUCAACUUGAUCGUCUGACUGCACAGUGCAAACACCACAAGCUCCCACUUUUCUUUCAAUUCGAUACAACUGGCAAUAUGAACGAACGCACCAGCAGACAGACCAGAGAUCACCAGCACGAGAUUUUGAGCGAAAACCUUGAGGAACUGCUUCAAUGAUGGAGAUCCACGAGGUUUUCUGGUUGGAAGCUGGUUGAGUUGUUUACUCCGUCGACUGUACCGAUUUGCUCUAGCCUGACCGCUGACAGUCUCAACUCGAAAGAUGUGGCGCGUGUGUGCGUCGGUGACGGUCAAGAUGAAGUUGUAGCACAUCAUAGGCCAAUACACGUCGGCUUUUAAUUUGUCGUGAGCGAAAUGGUGAGAGGCAAUGACAAAACCGAUUCCGACACUCAAAACUGUAACCAAAACUAUAUGAACAAA